AUUUCCGCAACAAAUAGACGAUACUGAUGAUCACUGGCGAACCUCGCACAGGUCAGUGGAUGCGAACGAGGCUACAGACCUAAAGAGAUUUGUUUACUUCCGGUUCGUGUAAGUAUCGGCGAGCCAGAUUGAAACCCGCAGAGAGACUGUAUGGAUAUCUUCCAGACAUGGAGCUGAAUGACAAAGAACAAAUAGUGAAAUCAGAACUAGAAGCUUUUCUUGUAAGACACUCUUUGGGAGAUGCGAUACGAUCUAUUGAUGAAAUUGUUUUGAAUUAUGUACUUGGAAUUCUGGAAGACCUUGGAAGCUAUCAAAGUAUGGAGGACACAGAAGAUGUGGAACUGUUUGCGGAAAUGAUGGAGGCAUAUCUUCCAGGGUUUUCAGCUGUCAGCAUUCCAGAGGUGUGUCAAUGGAUGUUCAACAUUGCAGAAAAGUUGUCCACUGUGCAAAAGUCAGCCUUUUCAUCCACCACUGAAAAGGACGAGAAUGCAGAAGAGAGAAAACCAAAUCUAACUACAGCUAAAGUAAAGAUGAAGUCUUCAUUCCAGCAGAGUGGUCAGCAUAACCAUCCUCCCUUAUCAACAGGCAAGGACAGAUGUCAUGAUGGUCAAGACAUGCUCAAUGUUAACUUGGAAAUGGACCAGAAUCAGCUCAGCCUGUUGCGUGAACUUUGUCCGGGUGCAAGCCAGGCGGAGUUGGAAUGUUGUUUUCAUCUGGCAGGUGGGAACCUUGAAGAAGCAGCACAGGUUCUUCUCUAUCGGCAAGAAACUGGAACAGCUAUCUCUGCAACAGCAUCACAGCCACGCAAGAAAUCUUGUUCAGGGGUCAGCCAUGGUUGCCAUAAUGAUGAAUCACUGAAAGAUAACAUUCUUGCAAAGUACUCCUUUGUGGACACAAAUGAGGACAAGAGAACACACAAACCAGCUUUACUAACAAAGGAAGAGAAGAAGUUGGUUCGAUAUCGAGAUGGCCAGGUUGUCAGUACCAAAGGAGAACGUUUCAGUGAAGUCAAGCGACAAGAAUCUGAAGACAUGAAGAAAACUUAUGUGUCUUUAAAACCUGCUCAGAAGUAUCGGUUCCAUUAGUCUGCAAAAUGAUACAGUUAAUAUUUUACUACCCUGACCAGAAAAAUAGAAAUAAAUUUAGUAAAAAUGAGUUUUGUAACAGGUAAAGAUGUUGUGAAUCAGCAAUGCCUAAGUAGAUAUUUUAAAAGUUUAGGUGAUCAAACAGAAGUGAUUUGAUGCAAAGGUUUGUGGUGUUUUUAAUAACUAAGUUUCAUUGCUUUAAAACAUUUUCCAAGUUACAUGGUCCAUGGAUUUGCCUGCCAAAUAGAUUUAAAAACAAUGUAUUUGUUGUAUUUUCCUAAUAUGAACUUUGGUGGAUGUUGUCUGGUUUUGUGUUCAUAUAAAUUUUUAAUUUUUCCAACUGCCAGAUACAUCAAAAGUUUACAUUUUCAUAAUUGUUAAAAACAAAAACAUUUAAGAAUAAUGUAUAAAUACUUUAUAAAUAGCAAAAGUAUUUUUAAAUUAGAUAGUGGCUUAAAACAGAUGAAAUAUUUUGUAUUGUGUAUUUUGUCACUAAUUUUAUCAAACCACUCAUUAGUUAUACAAUUUAUAGGCUUUCUUGUCCAAAUCAAAUUUUUUUUUAACACUUAAUGUGUUACCAAAAUAUGUUAUAGACAUAAAUAUUUGUAUUAGUUUUCCACUUCAGUGACAAUGGUCCAGAUUGGUGCUAAUAAUUCCCCUAUCUUCUUAGAAAUGGAAUGGAUCAUCAACACAAUGUCAGUAUUGCAAGUCAUUUUUUUUAUAUCAAACCAUGUCCUGAAUGAGGUAGAGAGUUUCCAUACAUGCUUAUUUUUCUUCAGAAUUUGUUGUGUUCAUUUCAUUUUGUGCAUGCUUUGUCAUUUACAUUUUAACAAGUUGUCAUAGUAUACAUAUUGCAUACAUCCUGCUUUUUAUUGUUGUGUUUCCAAGAUGUGCUCUCUGCUCAUUGUUGCAUGCUGGUCAACACAAGAGGUUAAUAUUUUCAGGGUAUACUAUGUGGGUCUGUUCAGCUGUCGUUAUGAAAAGGUGUUUAUUGUAAUUUGAACAUUCAGUUAUUUUUGUCCUCAGUGGCAUUUUUCAUGUAGCAAAGCACCAGCUGCCGGCUUAGUAGAACACCUGGCAGACAAUUAUUAGUUGUCCUUUAAAAUUUUACAGGAAUAUUUUUUUUCCAGUUUAGCAUAGAGUAUAGCUGGUACUUGGAAAAAUACAUAUUAUUGACAGUUCCUGUUAAUUGAAAGAAAAGAGAAAAAGUUUUAAGUCUCUAAUUGUAUCUGUACAGUUGUUUCAACUGCCCUUUUAUUUAAUAAACUCAACACAGCUGCUUACGACACUUGUAGGGUAAACAUUAAUAAGAUAUAUGGCAUGCCAUGCUGGCGAUGUAUUAACUUAAAAAAAAAAGAAAAAAGAAGAAGCAGAA